AUGGUCCGCAAUGUCGCCAAAUUCCUCGCGGAGCGGAUUGUCUAUCACUCGACGAUCAGCAUCGAGCAAUUCUUUUUCUACGACAACGACAGCGAGGACGACUUGUACUCGAUGGUGGACCGGCUUGCCUUGGAUGGGACCGUGGAGCGGCACAAGUCACUGGUGCGGCUCGAUGCGGUGCACGACUCGCUGGUUAACUCGGUUCACCAUUUCGGGUUGAAAAUCGGAUUCAAGACGAAGUGGAUCGGGGGUUCGAUCGCCAGGGUGUACCAUUAUAAGUACCAGGCAUGGGAGGAGUUUAAGGUGAAGUUUGGGAGGAGGGUUUCCGCUUACAUGGUGGAUUGGACGGAGAUGGUGAACCCGAGAUCCAAGGAUCGGACCCCCAGUCUGGGGUUCGAGCCGAAGGGUUGGGCCACUUGGUUCUGCGAGGUUAAUGAUAUGCGGCUCAGGGAUGUGAAUCGAAGGUGGUUCGGGGUGGAGGGAUCCAAUGGAGACUAUAGGAUGUCGCUGGUGCGGCUCGAUGCGGUGCACUACUUGCUGGUUAACUCGGUUCACCAUUUCGGGUUGAAAAUCGGGUUCAAGAUGAAGUGGAUCGAGGGUUCGAUUGCCAGGGUGUACCAUUAUAAGUACCAGGCAUGGGAGGAGUUUAAGGUGAAGUUUGGGAGGAGGGUUUCCGCUUACAUGGUGGAUUGGACGAAGAUGGUGAACCCGAGAUCCAAGGAUCGGACCCCCAGUCUGGGGUUCGAGCCGAAGGGUUGGGCCACUUGGUUCUGCGAGGUUAAUGAUAUGCGGCUCAGGGAUGUGAAUCGGAGGUGGUUCGGGGUGGAGGGAUCCAAUGGAGACUAUAGGAUGGUGUGGGAGUGGGAUGGGAACAGAGAGGGGAGAAAAAGAAUGAGAUAG